AUGAAUGAAAUUGAUAAUGGAAUUAAUAUCGAGGAGUUUUCUCUGGUAUUGAGACUCAAUAUCGUGGAAUUUGUAGGUUAUGUACUUACAUACUUGAAGAAGACUGAUUUAUUAACCAUGUUAAUAUUCAAUACUGCUAGAUACGUAAAAACGUUGUUGUUUGCUUUCCGACGAAAUUUUCAAAUGUCCCAUGCAGCCAUGUUGUUCUAUAGCUGCAGGGAAAUUUCUUCGAUCCUUCGCGUAAGGCUUCUGCAACAGUGUGAAAGCGCCUCGUUCAAGAGGUGGAAACCGUUUAAACAGCGACGAAAACAAGCGUGCAGCGAGAACGAAUGGCACAUGCAGAGGGAAGGAGCUUUCGGUCAACUUUCGCUGGACGCGCGAGGAUUUCGAACGAGCGUGUCCGCCCCGAGGCGACGGGAGUUUUACGAGUUGCGAAAAAUAAGAAAGUUCGGCGGCCGGGGAGCCGAUGCGCGUCACGUGCCGGCGAGUCGCGCGCGACAAGUCAAUUGGUCAAUGAGGAAAAUUGGCUAA